AUGAGCAAAGCUGAGAUCAUCGCUUCUACAAACCUUAUAAUUCUUUUGGAGGAUGAAAUCUUUGCUGAUUUUUUCAACACAUUCCUUUCUCUUCCGGUCUUUGGUCAGACACCAUUUUAUAAUGUUGAGAAUGCACAGUGGAGCUUAUGGCCAGAAAUACCUUAUGACUUGAUUACCAAGUAUAAAGGAUUAUUGACCUGGUUGGAAAAAUACCGGUUACCUUUCUUCUGCAAAACAGACUUGUGUUUCUAUUACAUCCUCUGUCAGGAACUCAUCAGCUUUGUUAAGUCCUCGGAAGGAGCUAAGAUGAUGAGGUGGAAAACAGCAGACCAGUGGCUUCUGGAGAAAUGCAUCUCUGGAGUCAGAGGGAUAUGGCGUUUCUCCUCCUACCUCAAGGACAGUGCAGGUGAAGAGUUGCUGGAUUUCUGGGUCCUUACUGAGAAGAUCCUGAGCAUAGACGAGACAGACAACCAAAUGAAAGACUACUACCUGUCGCUGCUGCUCAUGCUCAAGGCCACUCACCUGCAGGAAGGCUCCAGAGUGGUGACUCUCUGCAACAUGAACAUCAAGUCCCUCCUGAACCUCUCCAUCUGGCAUCCCAAUCAGUCUACUACCAGAAGGGAUGUCCUAAGCCACAUGCAGAAAGUGGCUCUGUUUAAAAUCCAGAGCUACUGGCUCCCCAACUUUUACAACCAUGCCAAGAUGGAAAUGACUAGCGAGGAAGCAUGCCAGGGCCUGAUGCAGGAAUACGAGACUCGCUUGUGCAGUGUUUGCUGCUCACAUGAAGGAGGGCUCCCUCUACAUAUGAGCAUCAAGAAAUCCCACCGCUCCCAAAAGAAGUACUCAAGCAGGAAGGCCAAGAAGAAGAUGUGGCAAUUGAUUGAUCCUAUCUUAUGGCCUCUGGAAAUGGACUCCAAGCCAGAAGCCUCCGCUAAAGUCCCAGAAGAGAAGAGUCUUCCAGAAAAGGUCGUUUUACAAAAAGCUUUCCUAGGAGGAGAUUCUUCAAAGGACACAAUAGUUGACCUGAACAGGGGUACUCAGGUCACCAAGAAACUCACUGGGAAGAAGAAAUCCAAGAUCCAGCUCCACAUGGAGGGCCUCUUUGAGUCACGGAUCUCCAACCACCUGAGAACUUCCACUCCCAUUGUUAACUACACUGCCCCAAUGACAGUCAAAAAGUCCUUCAAACGAAGCCUGUCCUUUGGGUACACUCACUGGGCCCUGAGUGCUGAUACCUGUGCAGGGAGUCCCUUCCGGCAUCACCUGAAGAAAAUGAAUCUGAAGGUGGAGGUCCAGCUGCUGGACCUCUGGCAGGAUCUGCAGCACUUCCUCAAUGUUCUGAUGAAUAACAGGAGGAACGGGAAUGCACUCUUUCGUCACAUGCUUGGUAACAGAAUCUGCGAGCUCUACUUGGAUGAGCAGAUCGGGCCAUGCUUACCACUCAAAUCUCAGACCCUUCAAGGCCUGAAAAAGUGUCUGCCAUUUGGGGAUAUCAACCCCUGGAUCCCCAAAGCCCAGAAAGAGAUCUGCAAGGUGCUCAGCCCCUGGUUUGAUGAAUUCCUGAAUGAAGAGGACUACUGGUUUCUCAUUUUCACAACUCAAACACGGUUCAUCAAAGCCCGAUGGCACAAGAGAGAAGCCACAAGCGAAGAGGAGUAUAUUCUCCUUUAUAAAAGGAUUCAGGAGUCUCUGUCACUGAGUCAGGGCUUGGCUAACAUGCAGGAAAUGGAGUCUAUGCAGUGGCCAAGGGUGGCGACCGAGAACCUGCAGCAAGGAGGGUCCCUCCAGGUGGAACUGAUGGCUCCAGUGUUCUUAGAAGAUAUAAAUAAAAUGACCUUUGAGGAGCUCUCCCUUAAGAAUCCAAAGUUGGCCAUAGAAAAGAUCAGUGAGGACUACAAAAUAUACUGUGAAAGAGCCCCUCAGAAAGAAAUUACAGUGGAAAUUAUUAGGCAACCAAGACUCAGAACCCCAUAUAGGAAAACAUCCUAUGCUAAAAAGUCUGUCUUAAGGAAGCCUUCCAUGAGACCAAGGAAUAUGACAGAGGUCCUCCUAAAUACUCAGCACCUUGAGUACUUCAGGCAUUUCCUCAAAGAACGGAAUGCUGAAAACCCAUUGCAAUUCCUGGUAGCCUUACAGAAGGUCUUGAUGGAGUCCAAUGAAAAAAGUUACAAGUCAGCUUUGGAUAAUAUAACCAAGACUUACUUCCACGGCAGGCUCCCUCCUGAAGAAAUGCUGCAGUGCGACGCUCCUCUGGUCAAAGAAGUCGCUCACAUGCGUCACAUCACCACCACCACACUGCUGAUGCUCCAGAAUUACGUCAUGAGAGCCCUGGAUCAAAAGUGGUUUAAAGACUACCAAGAAUUGUUCCCACCACGCCCUAUGGAAAUCGACCCCGACUUGCCGUAUAUCCCUAGGAAGUCCUCAAAGACAACAAAGUACACACAGGACUCUCAGAGGACAGGGUGGACAAAAAUGAUCAGCUUUGUCAAGAGCUUUUGCAGUUACCGCAGAUUCAUGGCCAGUUACAGGAAACGCCAACAGUUUCUAGAUUUCCUCCACAUGGAAAUGUACAACACCAAAGAGAAUUACGCUGCAUCACCUAGCUCAACUUCACGCCACACCCCCAUAUCCCCCGGUCCCCGGAGCACAGAUCAAGACAACGGAGAGAUAGUCCUUGUAAAACGCCGGAUAUUUGGCCACCGAGUUAUCAUUGUCAACUUUGUUGUUAAUGAUCUAUAUUUCUUUUCUGAAAUGGAGAAAUUUAAUAACAUGGUGAGUUCAGCUCACAUGCUGCAGGUCAACAGAACGUACAGCGAGAACGACAUUAUCCUCUUGCGGAAUAAACUGAACAUUAUCUUAAAGCUUUUCCUGGCUUCUGAUGUCCCCCCAAAGCUGAGGGUGAACAUCUCUGAGUCCCAGAAGGACAACAUCUUUGCUCUCAUCUCAGAAGGCCACCUAGACCGGAUCAUCUUCCAUGGGGCUAUCAUGUCCAUCUUCCCUGUCAUCAUGUACUUCUGGAAAAGGUUUUGUAAUUGGAGGGCGACACGCUAUUACAUAGAGUCAACUGGGAAAAAAUUUAAAGAUGGAAGAAUUCCUUCCAAGACUACAUACAAGUACCCACCGUGGGGUGGAGGUGAACAUGCUAUCCUAAGGUUCACCUUGCUCAAAGGUAUCGAAUGGUUUCAACCUCAUUCCCGGGAAAUGGCGGCAAGUUCAAUCCAAAACUGUGAGUUGGAGCUUCACUGA